GAUGUCAGUACCAUAGAAAUGGGUAGCACAAGUCCUGAGAUGUGAAGAGUGUAAACAUAGAGAUUCCGGAUUCGGAUAGUUCGUCAUGUCUCAUUGAGGCGAUUUAGUUUGUUUCUACCCCUGAUUCACGCAGUAGGACUUGGUUUCAAAAUUUUUCAAAGCACAUGAUGUCCAAAAACUGCGACCUUAGACUGCAAGCGCACACCCUGUGGUCGAUAGCCCUGGCCGAUCAUUUCUAACAUGGAGACCAGUGAAUAUAACUUGGCAUAUUAGAAGCGCAGGUUCAAGUUCAACAUUUUCCAAUUCCAACAUAAUCGAGCAGCGGGAGAUCUCAUUGAUUGUGUAUCUUUAUCUUCUUCAAGAAGGAAAUCGAAACUCUAUUACGAUCCACCCUGCUGGCACGGGCACCAGAAACCGGGUCAACAUAGGUGCAAAAGGACAAGAUGAAUGACGCUAUUCAAAGUUUCGCUGUCUCCGCAUUGGAGUACGUUCCAGAUAGUGUGCGUGAUGCAGCUGGAUUGUCGAAGCAGAUGGUGGAGGAUGUGGAACACAUCCGCAAGAUCCAGUUGGAGCGGAUGGCGUUUUUAGAUUAAGGCUGACGUAUAUUCAUCUUAAGAGGCAUCUUUGACGUGUUUUCAAGGGGGAAAUUAUUAAAGAAGCGCUCCAAGAUGAGUAUUGGUAAGGUCUAAUUAGAUGCGGACUCACCGCCGCAGAUGUUUCUGUUAAUCUGCUACCUAGACGGCUUUCAGAUUUGGGGUUUGCAGGGAGAUAACGGCAAAGAGCUAGUUUCGGUUCGGAUCACCGGGAUUACGCUCGUAAAGAUGCUACCCUUGAACAAGGACUGCACGUUCGGGUCCGCAACCACAACAUCUCCAGAUCAACCACCCGGAGCGUCGGCAGAGCAGGUGACGCGUCCCUCGCCCCUCGUUGCUUAUGUUAUGGGUUGCGAAAUGACAUUUUGUCUCUGUUUGUAGCAAGUACCGCAACUCCACCCAUAUAGUCGUUGUAAAACGCUUCGGAAAUAACACUGUCCGUGAUACAACAAGUUAUUUGGAACUACUGAAGUGAGUAUCUCUAUGCAAGGGAAUGAAGCCCCCUGUUUUCUUCUAACUCUUUCCCGACUGAUGCAACGCGGAUCCACAUUUUUUCGUUACUGCAGAACGACUCUGUCUACGUGCUGAGAACUGUGAAGCCAGUGCUCGUAUUGCAUGCUACGAAGCGUGUGCUGGCCGCAGGACUUGCCGACCAAGUCGAGCUGUACGAUUCGCGGACAUUUUCCAACCUCUUCUGCGUAGGAACUCCCGGGGUCGCGCCGGACAGUCUGAGCAAUUUUGCAUUGGGUGAUCGAUGGCUUGCGUACGCAGUCGACAGUGCACAACAAAAUGCUUUCUACAGCAUGGCCCAGGGAGGUUCAUCAACCGGAGGCGCAACGUCGUUGGGGACCGGAGCAAAGGACCACGGCGGGAGCAGCGCAUGUCCCACUAACGAUCCCAUGAAUCCAGCAACUGCAGGCGCACCGUCGUCGUCUGCAGCUCAAGGCGGCCCGGCCGCUGCGCAGCAAGACGGUAGCGCAGCCUCUACUAGCGUGCCAGGAGGCGGCAUAGGGAGUGGUAAUGCAGCGGGAGGAAUCCCUGUGGGGGGCAUACCGCCACCAGGAAACCAAGUGUUAGAUGCCAGCGUUGCUGCCAUGCGAGAGGGCAUAUCACUUCUAGGCCAAAUGGGGCAGAAAACGCUUGAUUCUUUCAUGAUGGCAGAAAGAGCGAAUCCGCUAGCACGUGGUGGUUCCGUCAUAGCCAUUCGAGACUGCGUGACGCGACAGCUAAUAGCUCAGUUCGCUGCAAAAGAGCCGAUUGAAUACCUCAUGUGGGACGCGUCCGGACUCAUGCUACUUUCCUCGUCACCCAUGGCUCACAAUAUUCUCGUGCACCGAGUGACUGUGUACUUCGUUCUUGUACGGUAGGUUGAGACCAUAACAUCUUGCGAAUUGAAGGCUGUACAAAUUGAAAUUUAAUGACGCAUGGUUCAUAGUUGGAUUAUGAAGAGCGUCCGUGCGACGAUAUCCACACCUAAAUAUUCGUUCUUGUCAUUUCAGGUCUGGAGGCGUAAAGAAGACCUACGCGUUUCAGCACGCUUUCACCCUAUCGCGAGGGAUUACACCAGCACUGAUUUCGGACAUCGCAAUUUCACCAGAUUCGCGCAUGGUUGCGGUGAGCACUCGCAAGGGAACCACGCAUCUCUUCACACUAGCUGAUUCGCCACUACCAGCAAUGCAAGUUCGUGCAAUAGAGGCAGAGCAAUCUCUAGUAGCAGCUUUAUGGCUACUGAAUUGAAUAUGGAGCUUUCAAGAAAGUAGUCAAUAAUUCUGUACCACUUUAUUAGGCGAUAUGAAGUGCGGAAGCUGUCCUGCCCAAGAAAAGGGUGGGGCUAUCCGCAAUUUCAUGAUUUUGCUUCUCAUUUUGAUCUACGAAAAAGCUGAGCCACUCUCUUGAGACGUACGAAUUAGGGAGAUUGACCUGCCCAAAGACAGGAUUGGAUCUUCCCCAAUUUUCAAAUUUUGCCUAUUCCGCCCGUUUCCUCAACAAACACGCUAUUCGGUGCGAGCUGUUAAAAUAGUUAUGAGACCUCAUGAAUUCCUAUUCCAAUUUUCGGAAUCCUUUUCUUCAUAAAGAUCGGCUUCAUCAGCGCAAUUGUCGGAAGGAUCGUCGACUCCUGGUAGUAGGCGAGACUUCGCACCGUCCGAUAGAGUCGAUGGACCCCUAUCUCCCUCAGUAGGUGCGCCUAGUUCGUCCUCGCGACCCUCGUAUUACCGUUCGAUUGUGGAGGCAGCAGUGGGUGGCGUCUUGGGGGCGACGCGAACGAGCGAGGGACUGGGCGGUGGCGGACCCACAACAUCCGGUAAUUCGGGUGCGCCUGGUGGAAGCAGCGCCUCCGGGAACGCUUCAUCGGCUUUUCGAAGCGGUAAAACCGGUGCGGCACAGCACCAACCUCAGACUCUGACUGCAGUCUCGCGGAUUAAGCUCGGUUCUGGGCUGCUGCAGGAGGGAUUGCGGCCAGUUGCGAUAUUUAACGAGACUGGGAAGCAUAGUGUCAGAGGCUUGUGCGUCGCGACGCGUGCUGGUGUCUUCUCCAUUUUUUCGCUGCGUCUGUUGGAGAAACAAGCGGGCGGAAGGCCAAGAGGUACAAGAACAUCAUUGGUAGAUCGCGCCAGGGAUUGCGCUGCGAAUUCAACUCCGCUGUUGGUGGGAUCAUCGGUCGAUAGCGGAAGCUCUCUAACCACAGGGACGAGAGCACUAGCGAGUGGCGGCAACAAGGAGACUGAGUGUUUCGUGCGUCUCAUGAAAGACAUGCGAGUCUACCGUCCGAAAACCGGUUUCGUCGAAAAAUCAUACGUACUAACUUGUGAUGUUAGUACCCUCUUAGAGGAAAUUUCAUUCCAUCUAAAAUUUCAGCAAGCCAGGAAACAUCUAAACGCAAUUUCCAACAGAGAGACCCACACGCAAACUUCUGCGGUGAGGGAAUAUGUUGGAAUGAACCGACCGAGGAAGAGUCACCUGACGGGCCAACAAAGGAGGAGCAGUCUUCACCAGUCAUUUGGAGCUCAGAAGAGAGGAACUUCGCAGAAGACUCUCAAGACCUCCUGCAAUCGCCUGCAUUAACAAAGCCUGAGCUGGGAUCCGACCAAGAGGGAGCGGGUGGAGGCAGAGAAGAUCUAUUCGAGCAAUAUGCGGACGCACGAGGACUUGGAGAGCACCAGGAAGGAAGUCAAGACGCAGACGAAGCAUCGGGUGAAGGUGGUGGAAAGCCGUUCAGCAUUGACACAGCAGAUUGCCGAAGCCAAGUCCCAAUUUGGUUCUCCCCGCAGCUUUCUUUCUACACAUACACUACUUCCUCCAACAACGCGCUUCGACGAGGAGAGCCACCACCAGACCGCAGCAAGGUCAUCUUCUUUAUGAUGAGAUGAUCUGAAUCUUUUUUAUAAUGAGACUGACUAGCAUGUAAAUAAUUUAUGUGAAGGACGAGUCCUCAAUGGCAAUGCAACGAACUAGAGGAGUCUCUACUUCUACAAAUGGUAUAGGCUCCUGGUAUCGCCAAUUUCCACUUUCAUUUUCCCUUACGAUGACUCGGAGCAUCACGACUGGCGGUCUGGUUCGCCGCUUUCGCAAACGGAGGAGGACACAUUUGUGCUAGUCGAGGACGGUUAGUCUAGAUCUUGUCAUCUCCGAAUUAGUACUGCCUCUGUAAGUAUGUGGUAAUCCCCCAUUUUCCAUAAUCGUUCAGUUUUUUUCAACCAUGAAGCAAAAAGAAAACACUCCCCACCUCGUCGUGGAGGAAUUAACGCAUGUUGCUUCAUAUCAUACAUUGUGCUUCGAAAAGCUCCGAAAGCAUAUGGACUCAAGUCACCGCAGGUCUGAAGCUGAACGUGCGUAUCAGGCCAU